AUAAAUACCUCGUUCUUCUAUUGAAUACACCACACAUUACAUACAUUCUAUUCCAACCUAUUGCUUAGUAUCAGAACCAACUUAUUUCAAUUCAACUUCAAAGUAGCAGUCCAAAUCAUAGAUUCUUUUUAGUUAACGAGUUUAAAAGUAUGUACGCUCACGUCAGAAUCUAACAUAACUCUUUCCCCUUUGUCUGUCUCUCUUUCACCUUUUCGUCUCCAUCGAUCCUACCUCCACGGAUUAACUUCUUAUUUAAAUCAAGAACUUUUUUCAAGAAUCUUUGAAUCUUGCGUCAGACAAAUGUCUCGUAGUUUAAUCUAUAGGAACAGAGCUCUCUGUUUUAUCUUAAUCUUGUUCUGUUCCCCUCAACGGUUUGCCUCCAGAAACUUACCGGAGGAGGUAGAAUCCACGGCAAAAGCAACUCAAGUAAUCCAAGUCAGCAACAACACGUGGCAUGAUUUCUCUCGUCUUGUAGAUGUUCAGGUUGGUAGCCACGUCAGCGGCGUGUCCGAGCUCAAAAGAUACCUCCACCGAUUCGGUUACGUCAACGACGACGGUGGUGAUCACGAAAGCUCGGGAAGUUUCUCCGACGUGUUCGAUGGUCGUCUUGAAUCGGCGAUCUCUCUGUACCAAGAAAAUCUCGGUUUACCGGUAACCGGGAGACUCGACACGAGUACCGUCAAUCUCAUGUCGUUACCGCGAUGUGGCGUUAGCGAUACACACAUGAUCGUCAACGACGAGGGUAUCUACACAACGGCUCAUUAUACGUAUUUCAACGGUAAACCGAAAUGGAACCGCGACACGCUAACCUACGCCAUCUCGAAAACACACAAACUCGAUUACUUAACGUCAGAAGACGUCAAAACCGUUUUCCGGCGAGCUUUUUCGCAGUGGGCGAGCGUGAUUCCGGUGAGUUUCGAGGAAAUCGAUGAUUUCACGGCGGCGGAUUUGAAGAUCGGGUUCUACACCGGCGACCACGGCGACGGGCUUCCGUUUGACGGUGUUCUUGGGACUUUAGCACACGCUUUUGCGCCGGGGAACGGGAGGCUUCACCUCGACGCUUCUGAGACAUGGGUCGUCGCCGAUGACUUUAAAGGAUCGUCUGAUGUGGCCGUUGACUUGGAGUCAGUGGCGACUCACGAGAUUGGUCACUUGCUGGGGUUAGGACAUAGCUCUCAAGAGUCGGCGGUUAUGUAUCCGAGUCUCCGGCCGAGGACUAAAAAAGUUGACCUUACGGUUGAUGACGUGGCAGGUGUGCUGAAGUUGUAUGGGCCGAACCCAAAAUUACGGUUGGAUUCACUGACGCAGUCGGAAGAUUCUAUUCGAAACAGCACCGUAUCACUGAGAUUCUGGUCGGGGAAUCUGAUCGGUUAUGUUCUGUUGGUUGUUGUUUUUAUUCUGUUGCGAUAGAAUCAAGAAUAUUGUUUUUUUUUUAAAAUUAUUUAUUUAUAACUAAAUGUACAAAGAUAAUUAGGAAUAUUAAAGGUUUAUGGGAAAAGGAUCUUUUUCAUGGUGGCUUUCUCUAAUUAAUCUUUGAGUUUGUGUAUAUCAUUAUCACAAAAAAUUGAAAGAUAAUGAUGUUUAUGGACUGAUAAUGACACUACUAGUAUAGUUGAGGUUGAUCAUAA